AGAGAAGAACCUCCUGGGGAUCGGACUCACCCCCAGCACUGGCCAGGAAGGCGGCUGAGGCCUCACUGCCCACACCCACCAGGCGGGAGCCAUGGAUAAGUUCCGCAUGCUCUUCCAGCACUUCCAGUCCAGCUCUGAGUCGGUGAUGAACGGCGUCUGCCUGGUGCUGGCCGUGGUCACUGUCAAGCUGUACUCCUCCUUCGACUUCAACUGCCCCUGCCUGGCGCGCUACAACACCCUCUACGGCCUGGGCCUUCUGUUCACACCCCCGCUCGUCCUCUUCCUCUGCGGCCUCCUUGCCAACCGGCAGUCCGUGGUGAUGGUUGAGGAGUGGCGCCGGCCCGCGGGGCACCGGAGGAAGGACCCAGGCAUCAUCAGGUACAUGUGCUCCUCUGUGUUGCAGAGAGCGCUGGCUGCCCCCCUUCUCUGGAUCCUGCUGGCCCUCCUUGAUGGGAAGUGCUUCGUGUGUGCCUUCAGCAGCUCCGUGGACCCUGAGAAGUUUCUGGACUUUGCCAACAUGACCCCCAGCCAGGUUCAGCUCUUCCUGGCCAAGGUGCCCUGCAAGGAGGAUGAGCUGGUCAGGGACAGCCCUGCUCGAAAGGCAGUGUCUCGCUACCUGCGGUGCCUGUCACAGGCCAUUGGCUGGAGCAUCACCCUGCUGCUGAUCGUGGCGGCCUUCCUGGCCCGCUGCCUGAGGCCCUGCUUCGACCAGACGGUCUUCCUGCAGCGCAGAUACUGGAGCAACUACAUGGACCUGGAGCAGAAGCUCUUCGACGAGACGUGCUGUGAGCAUGCGCGGGACUUCGCGCACCGCUGCGUGCUGCACUUCUUCGCCAGCAUGCAGAGCGAGAUGCGGGUGGAGAAGGCGGUGGAGGCCGCGCUGGUGGGGAAGCGCACCGUGGAGACCCACCAGCAGAUCGACAGCCACGAGUGUCGCUGA